AUGUCGUUACCUAAUAUCGACGUUUCAGCGACACCAGUCAGUAUAGUAGCUUAUUCGUUUAUUGGCAUAACAUAUCUAGCAGUUUUAUAUGGUAUCUAUGGUGCUCUAUGUACUUUUUUUCAAUUUAUUCGUGUUGGUCGAAAACGAUUUUUUCAACGAGUAGAUCGGCCAUCACCACCAUCGAAGGCAACGGAUCCCAUUUAUGGAAAUCAUGAAAUGAUUAAAUUAAAAUCUUCGGGUAUAUCACUUCAUUAUGUAUCAAAAGGUUUACCAAGUCAACCGAUGCUAUUAUUUGUUCAUGGUUUUCCUGAAUGUUGGUAUUCAUGGCGAUAUCAAAUGAAACAUUUUUCAAAAAUUUAUCGUGUUGUUGCUAUUGAUCAACGUGGUUAUGGUCUUAGUUCGAAGCCACCUUUUGCUUUUGAUUAUAGAAUUGAAGCAUUAGCUGGUGAUGUUGCUGAUGUUAUUGAACAACUUGGUUAUACAUCAUGUACUUUAAUUGGUCAUGACUCAGGUGGUUAUGUUGCAUGGGCAACUGCAAUACUGUAUCCACAUUUAGUCGAGAGAUUGGUUAUCAUUAAUUGUCCACAUCCAAGUGCUUUUCGUCGGGAAUUAACAUUAAGUCAAAUACAUCGAUCAUGGUAUAUGUUCUUCAGUUUAAUUCCAUUUCUACCUGAAUUGUCGUUGCAAGCAGAUGAUUUUGCAGUUUUUAAAAAAGCUUUUCAUGGAAAAACAACCGGAUUAGUUAAUAAAAAUAAUAUAACAGAUGAAGAUAUUAACGUAUAUAAAUAUACAUUUUCUCAACCAGGAACAACAAAAGCUGCACUAAAUUUUUUUCGUGGUUUAUUUCAUUAUCAAUUUGAUUUUUCAUCAACGGAAAUUACUGCACCAGUCUUACUUUUAUGGGGUUGUCCAGAUCCAACAUUAAAUGAAGAACUUGCUAAUGCUAGCAAAGAAUAUUGUUCUGAUAUUCGAGUGAAAAAAAUUCCUAAUGCAUCACGUUGGAUUAAUCAAGAUUUACCUGAUGCUGUUAACAAAUAUAUUGAAAUUUUUCUUCAUGAAAUUCCUGAUGUAGAAUCAGGAUAUGAUCUUUAA